AUGUCAACUGCGAACUGGGGGAUGCCUAAUAACGAUCACGGAAAUGGGAUGCAGAUGGGAGAUAUCACUGUUGAUUAUGAAAACGAGAUAAUCAUAUGCAUCGAAGUCAAGAUGAGGAAGUUGGGGGCUUCUAUAUAUGACUGUAGGUCGAAGACUUUGAGAAUUUUGAAUCAAGAUUAUAUUCUAAAUGUGAGCAUUGACUCCACUGAUGGAGAAGAUUGUUCGCCUGGUAAGUUUGUUGAUGAGGUUAAUAUGGUAUUGGAAUCCUUGAUCCUAGCCAAUAAUCCAACUCUUUGUCUCGUUUCAACGAGACUGGAAGAGGGAAGCUGGAAUUUUGUGGAAACACUGUGUCAAAGUAUAGGAUGCCGGGUUGAUUUGCAGCCCAAUCAACACUUCAAGUCCGAUGGGAUGCUUGAAUCACUAGAAAUGAACCACUUUAGAAAUGUCACGCUUCUCAAUGACAUUUCUUCAACUUCAAGUAGUAACACUUUUAUUACCGCCGACACUGUCAGCUGUAUUUUGAAAGUCCUGCACGGGUGUCAUGAGAAUAAUGCUGAUUGCUCUUCAUCUAAUGUUGUCAUUUCUGGGUCUUCGAGUCGAAGUAAUAUGAUCUCACACAUUGAAUCGCUCCAAUUGAAGGAUAGACUUUUUAUGGAUCGCGAUACAUUGUACUCACUCAAUAUAUUUCCUGAGUCUCAUAGGCCCAACAAUGAAAAAGUACUGAGAGGUGGAUCCCUUAGUGUAUUCGAGCUGUUCCAGCAAUAUUUGUCUGAGAUGGGCAGAAGACUGCUCAGACAAUGGAUGUUUAAUCCUCUUUCUGAAUAUCGUCUGAUCAAAGAACGACAUGAUAUUAUAACAAUACUGAACGAUAAGACUAAUUCUGUUAUUUUCGAGAAUUUACGGAGUACUAUGAAGGGAUUUCCUGAUAUCUUCAAGAUAAUGGACCAAUUUCGAACUGGAAAAUCGACCUACAACACAUGGCACUCUUUAACAGUGUUCCUGAAGAAGGGUAUUGAAAGCUAUCACUUAAUAUCCACUUUUAGAUUUGAUUCUGAAACUGAUAAUUUAUUCUCAAAAUUGGGAGAUAGAGUAAAUCCAUUGGCGCUGCAGGGAUUAAUAGAUCAGGUGGAAAACAUAAUAGAUAUUGAAACAUCCAAAGAGACAAAAUUGGUGGUGAUCAAUGACGGAAUUGAUGAAAACUUGGACAAGUACAAAAAACUUUACAACAAUUUGGAGAAUAUACUUUCGGAUGUGGCUCGAAAUGCCGAACGUGUCCUUGUUCAAUUGAUUGAACGACAGCGCGGAGUUUCUGCACAGAUCGAGAUAAAGGAUUAUGUCAACGCUGUUUAUAUUCCUCAAUUAGGUUAUUUGGUUACUUUAGAUGUGCUUAUUGAGGAGGUACUUCCAGAUGUGAAUCCAGCUGGAUGGGAAGAAAUCUUCAGAACUACGACGAAUAUCUACUUCAAGAAUAAUUCUGUUUUAAACUUGGACGAACAAGUUGGUGAUGUUUUUGGAAUAAUAUCUGACCUGGAGAUUGAAUUUCUUCAAGCUUUUCAAGAGCACAUACUAGAACAAAGACAUGUGCUUACGGAAUACCAGAAACUUCUUCUUGAAGUCGAAGUCCUACUCUCAUUCGCCUACGUUUCACAGAUAAGGAGUUAUGUUGAACCUGAGAUAUCUGAAACCGAGUGCGUCCUAGAAAUUACUCAAGGCCGUCAUCCGAUUUACGAAACACUUGUCGAAAGCUACAUCCCUAAUGACAUUAAUUUGAAUGGCGGCUAUUUCAGUGAAAAAGGACAAGAUUAUUCAAACAAUGUUUGGUCACAAAAGGAGUUUAAUAGAAUUGCUAUAGUCACUGGGGCAAAUCAAUCGGGCAAAACUGUCUUUCUAACGCAAAAUGCUCUUAUUGUCUUCCUAGCACAUAUAGGUUGUUUUGUACCUGCUGAAAAGGCUAAGAUUGGUCUCGUUGAUAAGAUUUUAACACGUAUUAAGACAAGGGAGAGUGUAUCCAAGAAUCAAAGCUCCUUCGCUCUUGAUUCCCAGCAAAUGGCCAAAUGCUUGUCACUGAUGACAGAAAGAAGCUUACUGUUUUUAGACGAAUUUGGUAAAGGUACAGACGUUAUCGAUGGGCCUGCAAUCUUCGGAUCAAUAAUCAAAUUCCUAGCAGAACCCCGAAGUUGUCCUAGAGUCUUAGCAUGUACUCACUUCCAUGAGCUUUUCAAGAAAGACGUACUGACCACGUCAAUCCCUGGAGUAAAACAUUAUGCAACAGAAAUCAUACUUGAUACUAGCCGCCUAUAUUCGCCAUUUGAUUUCACCAAACACGAAGAAAACCAGGGCAUUACCUUUCUUUUUAAAAUAAAAGAGGGUAUAUCAUCUCAGUCAUUUGGUGUAUACUGCGCCAAAAUCUGUGGCCUAAAUCCCAAGAUUGUCGAGAGAGCACAAGAAUUAUCCAGUUUAAUCGACAAAGGUUAUGACCUAGUUUCUUACUGCGGUAGGUUAACUGAAGAAGAUAUAAAGAGGUUCGAGGUUAGUCAAAGAAAAGUCAAAGCUUUCAUUUCUUGGGAUCUGGAUGUAGAAUUCAAUACCCCCAAUAAUGAGUUGAAACAGAAAUUGAAAUACAUCUUGGAAAAUUGA